AUGACCUUUGGUGUCGAGGAAGUCGAUUUCGAUGGUGUUGGUAGAGUUUGCUAUGGAAACUCAACGACUAACGAUUCCACAAGUCAAGAAUAUCAAAACAAUGUUAAAUUACUUCUAUCGGUGCUUGUUUCGGAGUCUUCUUCAUUGCAUCCACCAAUGACUUUUAUUAGUACGUCGGUAGGCAGGGUUGCGGAGAGGGCUUACGGUUCCUACCUUUGUCGAGGGGAUCUAAGCGUAAGGCAAUGUCACAAUUGUUUAGUAAACUUGACAAAUUUUAUGUCGGAUUUAAAGACUGACAAUUCGGAUUGUAUUGGAUUUGGCAGUUUUCUUUGGUGCAUGGUACAUUACUCAAAUAGCUCAAAAUUUUCGGCAUAUCAAGAGGGGCUUGUGUUUAGCUAUAAUUCAAUUGGAAAAAAUGUGUCCAACUAUGAGCAAUACAAUGAGACGUUGUCUAACACGAUGCAAGGACUCGUUACAGAAGCUAGUUAUGGUAAUUGGACCAAGGCUAAUUUCGCGACUAGGUCUGUUGAGGUAACGGGGUCUCAUGAGAAAAUCUUUGCACUGGUUCAAUGCGCGGCUGAUUUAUCUCCCUUGAAUUGCAGUAAAUGCUUAGGAGAAUUGUAUUCUUAUAUUCCAGAUUGUUGCAAUGGUUCUCAAGGUGGAAUUCUUGUUCAUGCUAAUUGUUUGAUGAAGUACAAUAAUCAGUCUUUCUUCGGUUUAGCUAGUCAUAGUUUUAUGCCAAGUUAUAUUCAUGUGAUAUUUCUCUUGUUAUUUACUAUGCACUUCACAAUUAUGUGA